AUGUCCUCAUCGCAGGCCCCGGGUGACCGCAACGGUGGCGGUCAACCAUCUGCAAAAGUGUUUUCCCUAUCAUCUAGUUCAAACGGACGUGCCAAGAAAACCGCCUUCAACCUUCAGUCGAGUCGCGGGCGACCUGGCGCAAACAAGAGUCAUGCUCUUCCCCGCCGUCCACACCACCUUGGUCAUGGUGGUGAGUCUUCAGAUGAAGAGGAGAGCGCCCCCGCUCACAAGGAAGUCGCCGGCUUCGAUACACUCACUGGUGAAGCAAUUACCGCGGACGGAAAGGCUAUUAACGAUGCGAACGAGCCACUGGUUAUUCCGGUCACGAGCAAAAAUAACUGGCGCGAUAGGGCUGGUACGAAUUCGAAGAAAAGCAAGAAGAAUCUACUCCCAGCUGAGGUCCAGGCUUUACAAGAAGCCCAACGAACUGGACAGGCACCUCCUGGCGGUGCGGUUGAGACGGAGGGCCCGAGUAUGGCUUACGGCCUCAGCUUCGUUGAUAAGCCUGCGGAUCAAGAGACAACCGCUACGGCGGACGAAGACCGGCCCAUGCCGGAUGCAAAACCGGCAGGAGAGACCAAGCCUCUCACGGACGACCAGCUUGCUAUGCAGGCAUUGAUCAGCGAGAGCAAAGGUGAGGUGGAGCGGAGGUCAGAUCUUGUUAUUGAGGCAUCUAUGUCUCGAGAUGACGAGGACGAAGCGCCUGGCCGAUACGAUGAGACAAGCUCUUUCCGAACAGACGUGCUAUCUCGGCCCGAACCCGCUACCUUAGACCAAUAUAAUGCCAUUCCAGUCGAAGAAUUCGGAGCUGCGCUUCUCCGUGGAAUGGGCUGGAAAGACGGGCAAUCCAUCGGGCGGGGCAAUUAUGGGUCGGCUGCCAAAGCGGACGGUAACAAGCCUCGUGUUCCAGAGAGACGCCCUGGCUUCCUGGGUAUUGGAGCCAAGGACUCAACAGAUGGAAAGGGCGCCGAAGCCGAGUUCGGUGCGUGGGGAAAAGCAGCCAUGCGCAAGGCGUCUAGGAAGGCGGGCGAGGAGAAUGGGAACGGAAACACUGAGGGUGUGUAUAUGCCAAUCACCAUGCAAAACAAGAAAACGGGCGAGCACAUUACAGAGGCAGAGCUCGAAGAAUUGAAGAAAGCGUCGAAGUCCGAGCCCGCCAAGGACGACUGGCGCGAACGCCGGGAUCACAACUUGGAGAAGAGUGGACGCGAUAGUGAUCGAGAUCGAGACUACCGUAAGCGUGACUACGACGAUGAUCGCUCUGACCGGAGGACUGGAUCUUCAAGGAGAGACCGAAGCUCAUCUGCCAGUCGCCAUUCCUCCAGGCGCUCGCGCUACGACGAUGAUGACCGUCGCAAAGAUGAUCGGUCAUAUCGUGAUCGUGACCGUGAACGCGACCGCGACAGAGAUCGACGACGGGAUCGCGAUGAUGAUAAAGUUUCUCGCCGGGACAGGGAUCGUGAUGGUGAUCGACGACACCGUGACGAUAAGUACAGCAGCUCCAGGCACACGUCUCAUUCGUCUCGGAACGACCGAGACCGAGAUCGUGACCGCGAUUCUCGUCGAAGCCGGAGGGACGAUUAA